AUGGACAACACGACGGCCGCAACGGCCGCAAAGGGAGUUGGAGUCGGUGUGGCGAGGAAUCAUAGCAAUUAUGUGAUCCCCGGACUCUAUGACCUCUCCGUGGAGGACACCAACUGGGUGCUGACCUCCUCGUUCAUCAUCUUCACUAUGCAAACCGGAUUCGGUAUGCUGGAAUCCGGCUGUGUGAGUAUCAAGAACGAGGUGAACAUCAUGAUGAAGAACGUGAUCGACAUCGUCCUGGGCGGCUUCACCUACUGGCUGUUUGGCUACGGCAUGAGCUUUGGCCGUGGGCCACUCUCCAAUCCCUUCAUCGCCAUCGGCGACUUCCUCCUGGAUCCGCCGGUGGGCGAUGCCCUCAUGGGCCAGAUCUUCGCCGCCUUCCUGUUCCAACUGUCGUUCGCCACCACGGCCACAACGAUUGUCAGCGGCGCCAUGGCAGAACGGUGCAAUUUCAAGGCGUACUGUCUGUUCUCGUUUCUAAACACCGCUGUGUACUGCAUUCCUGCUGGUUGGGUUUGGGGCGAGCACGGAUUCCUGAACAAGUUGGGCGCCGUGGACAUUGCGGGCAGUGGACCUGUGCAUUUGAUUGGAGGAGCCUCCGCCUUCGCUUCGGCCGCCAUGCUGGGUCCACGUCUGGGUCGCUACUCCGACGGCUAUGAUCCGCUGCCCCUCGGCAAUCCGGUGAACGCGUGCAUGGGCUUGUUCGUCCUCUGGUGGGGCUGGCUGGCCUUCAACUCGGGCAGCACCUACGGGGUCAGUGGAGCCAAGUGGCAGUAUGCGGCCCGAGCGGCAGUAAUGACCAUGAUGGGAUCCUUCGGCGGUGGAUUCACCAGCUCCAUAUACUCGUUUUGGCGCCAUGGCGGCGGCAUGGACAUCAUGGACCUCAUCAACGGGGUGCUGGGCUCCCUGGUGUCCAUUACGGCCGGAUGCUUCCUGUACCGCGCCUGGGAGGCCCUCGUGAUCGGAGCCAUCGGCUCGCUGUUCUGCGUCCUGGCCAUGCCGCUGUUCGAUCGCAUGGGUGUGGAUGAUCCGGUGGGCGCCAGUGCCGUGCACGGCGUAUGCGGCAUCUGGGGAGUGAUCGCAGUGGGACUUUUCGCCGACAAUCCCAUACCGCUGGACACGACCAAUGGACGUAGCGGAUUGUUCAAGGGCGGCGGCUGGUAUCUACUCGGGAUCCAGACACUCUCGGCCUUUUGCCUCAUCUGCUGGGGCAUCUGCUCCACCUUCCUGCUGCUGUAUGUGAUUAACAAGAUCAUACCCAUACGCAUGGAUCCGCACGAGGAGUUGCUUGGCGCCGAUCUCACCGAGCAUCGGAUUCGUCACACCCAAAUUGGUUUGUCUCGUGCCAUCUCGGCCUUGGCGCCCAUCAAGGUGGAUCUGAAGAGUGUGGCCGGCAUCCAGCCCAUCGGCAUUAAUCCCGGCCACGAGCGCAGCCUCGAUCAGCUGAGGGCUGCGGAGGACAAGCUACAGCAGUGGCAAUCCUACCUGGAUCAGGUGAGUGCUCCUCGGGGCCACUUGAAUAUGAACGCCGGCCAGACGCACGCGGACAUCACCUUCAAGCCACGGACGGCGGGAAACGUCUUCAGUCGGCGACUCCCCGCCCGGAAGAGCAUCAGUGGUGGCCUGUACAGGUCCAACAACAGCGAGUUACCCGUAAUCGGUCAGGUUCACAAGUUGGAGAAGGACCCCAACUUUGCCUGGGUGGAUUAGGGCCCACCAAUGGCAGUGUCUUAGUCACACAUUUUUAGAGAUUUUAAAGCAUUACUUAUUCAUGUACGUGGCUAAAAUAUAACCCCAACAAAGCAAUCUGACGAAAUAAGGUUGCACAAAUUGCUUUUAUCUCUAGAAAUUUCUAAAUUCUUUUGUUACGUUUAAUAAAGUUUGCAGUGACUAAUCGUUAACAAAGAAAUAAACGCAGAAAUAAACUUCGCUUUUAAAGCUAAAAAAAUGAAAAUUAGAAAAGAACUUAAUAGGCUUUACUCUCCUAGCCCCACGGUUUGUGAUAAGCUUAUUUCCUUACAGUUUUGCGUUUUUAAAAUAUGUAGCUACAAAAAAAUUACCUUAUCUUUUGGAUUGAAAAAAGGAAG